GGAAGCUAGGAAGGGAUCAAGGAAACCUCUAGCAUCGUAGAUAAACACCCCGAAGAGGUGUGAACCCAGCGAGCGCACGGCUGUCACAGUACCGAGAGGACAGUAAAAAGGCCCGAUUGAGUCCUUCAUACAGCAAGGGUCAACAUGUCUGAGACAUACGACUUCCUGUUUAAGUUCCUGGUGAUUGGCAGUGCUGGGACGGGGAAAUCCUGCCUCCUCCACCAGUUCAUUGAGAACAAGUUUAAACAGGACUCUAACCACACCAUCGGCGUGGAGUUUGGUUCCAGAGUGGUCAACGUUGGCGGAAAGACGGUCAAACUGCAGAUCUGGGACACCGCUGGGCAGGAGCGAUUCCGUUCUGUUACACGCAGCUACUACAGAGGAGCAGCCGGAGCACUCCUCGUCUAUGAUAUUACCAGCCGGGAGACAUAUAAUGCUUUGACCAACUGGCUGACAGAUGCACGGACACUGGCAAGCCCCAACAUUGUUAUUAUCCUGUGUGGCAACAAGAAAGACCUGGACGCAGACAGAGAGGUGACCUUCCUAGAGGCCUCACGCUUCGCUCAGGAGAAUGAGCUGAUGUUUCUAGAGACCAGUGCUCUGACAGGAGAAAAUGUUGAGGAGGGUUUUCUGAAGUGUGCUCGCACCAUCCUCAACAAGAUAGAUUCAGGUGAGUUGGACCCAGAGAGGAUGGGUUCAGGUAUCCAAUAUGGAGAUGCUUCGUUGAGGCAGCUGCGACAGCCUAGAGGAACCACCACACAGAAUAAGCAGCAGUGUAAUUGCUAGGGAUCGGGGCCCCACCCUCACCUCAGCCCACAGGCCCACACAGACAGGACGUCCCCUACAGCUCCAGGUGUUUUUUGGUGUGUGGGAUCCUUCUCUCUGCAGAGAGUCUCACACACCUUGGAUCACCUGGAUGAGUGGUCGUGGAGAUCACUGCAACCCCUGACCCCUGACCUCUGGUAAGAGUUUCUACUUCUUACCUAGGGGGUCAGCUUUGCACCUGUGUCUGGACAGGGAAACCACUUGGUGUGAACACACCGGGAUCAUAAAGAUGAAGAAUUCUCUUCUUCAAAAAUCUAUUUCUCAGUUACUUACCAGACAGGUGAAGGGUUGUGUGUAUGGGCUGCCCUACUGUUGUUUUAUCUCUGUGCUUUUUCAUUCUGGUUUUAGUAGAACCUACAUGCUUUCUGCGUUUGCACGUCAUUGUUUGUAAAUUAUUAUUGGUAAACUAUUUUGCGCAUAUUCCUUGUUCAGGCAAUCUGGACGGGAUUCAUGAUUAGUUUGGUCAGCGUUUUAACAUUCAUGAAGGCACCCUUUGGUAUUUAGCUUUUUAUUAUCCAUUGUUUGAGUUAACUGUAUUUACCAUAAAUUCAGCCUAUUGUUGAUAGUGACUAAGUGAUAAACAGUCUAAAAGUGACCUCUUAUUAAAUAAUAUGAAGUCAACUUGCACAGAUUUUGGGUUAGAAUUAUUGUAUAGAAAUUUAAACCAGAUGCUAUUCAAAUCUUUACAAAGUUUUCUGCAGUUGUUGUCCAUGAAUGCUUUUCAUCUGAUCUGCAAAUUGAAACAGCUACUCAGCAGAUUAAACUGUAUUUCAGAUUUUUAAAGUCAGACAACCCCAAAUGUAAAACCGAGGACUUUUAGUCACUCUGACGUGUGUUACGAGUCUUUUAAAUUUUUGGUUUGCCUUAAAAUGCACUGUUAUGAUGUAGAGUAUUGGCCUUAGUAAUAUACUUGAUAUUGUGGAUCUACAGUAUAUUAUUCCCAGCCAUCAUGUCUCUAAACUGUCAAAGGGAAUGAUCCAGUCACUCCACUCUACAUUCACAUAGACAAGCCUGUGGGUCAGGUUGAAAGCACAAAAAAGAGAAUUGUUGCUCUUUAUUUUACUCCAAAGGCCCCAAAGUCUGUAGAUUUGUAUUAUCUGAUUCACACCAUGUUCAAGUCCCUGUGUCUCUGGUCCUAUCACAGUGAAAGAUUAAGAAAGGAUCAACAAUCUUUGCAAAGCUAACAAUGUUUUUGACUCCUCCUGCUGGGUUUUUUCUCCAUGACCUCCCUUUGAUUCAUGCUCUACAUGCACAUACUGUAUAAGGGACGUCACAGGAAACCACAGUUGGUUUUGCCUCAGUGCCAUGUUUGGGAAACUUUCAUGCCGCCCACCCAGUUCCCUCAUAGAGGUUUGACAUUGUUUAAUCAUGCAAGGCUUUGCCUUGAUAAAAGUCAGGAUUCUGUUUUUAACCUUCAAAGUAGUUUUCACUUGUCAAGCACAGAAGUAGCUCUGCUCUGCAGCAAAAUGUUACUGAGUUUUUCGAGCCGACCCAGAUGUUUUGUCCUUAGAGCAGACCCUGUGUUGCCCCAGAGAGAAAAGGGGAAUUUCCACUGAAACGUGUUUCCUCUCUUCAUGUAACACUGACAGUAUGGCUUGUGGUGCUGCUGGAGGAGAAUGAGGUUAAGUUAAUAACCCAAACUUCCCGCCCUACUAUUGAGUCAAAGGCACUGCGUCUGUCUGAACCACUGAGAGAGCAGGUCAUACUGACCCAGCCAAGAGGAGAUCAAAACAAACUGCUUGCAAACUUAUCUCAUGUCUUCUCUUCAAAUGUUAGCAUAUGGCCUCCCAGACAAACCAUAUGUGUUUAAGCUCAAGUGAGCCAGCACACUCGAGGGAGAGACAUGGUGAGUUGUGCAAACAUGAGAUAGUAUAGGAUAUCACGAGACAGAUGGUCAAAAAAAAUGUUUCAUAAAAUAUUGGCAUUGUGUGAUAGUUUGUCUCUUCUGCAAGUGCACUUUUAUUUUUGAAUUUUCUUUUUUUUUUGUUUAUAUGCUGUAACUAUAGAAUUGUACAAUUUAUUUUACUUGAACUGUAAACUGUAAUAAAGAUUUUAAUUGUAGAUGUUUUAAUUUCUUACUAAAUAACAACUGAGAUUCUUAGUUUGAUUUCCUCGUUUCUGCUGUCACGAGGCAAGACUGUUGUCUGAGGUUUGAUUUGUUUGUUGCUCACUGCUGACAUGGAGGUAAUGAUGAAAGGAUGUUGACUUCCUGAGCUGUAGGAGGCCAUCGACAGUGACUGAUCACUCACAGUCACAAGUUCUAUCAUCAUCUGUAUUCAGUAAUCAGAUGAUCUAAAUGGGUAAAGCCUGUUGAACCAGAGUGAGCUUGCAUUCAUUUGUAUGUAUUUAUUGUACAGUUCAUAUUAAGCACUCGUCAAAAUAGCCAUAUGGUAAGCAUUGUUUUUUUUCACUUAUUCUAGUCUGAAUUCAGUCCUGAUGAAUGCAGUCCAACUCAGUUGUUGUUUAGUAACUAAUGUUAUAUAAUCAACCUUAAUACUACUGUACAUCUCAAGUAACCUAUGCUGUAAAUAAGAUUUGUCUAUUGUCAAUUGAGGGUGAGUGUUGCUCAUUGAUUGUAAUGAUUAUGCAAUUCCCAGUAAACUGCUUGUUUUUUCAGUAAAUGCUUUUCACUUGUCUUCUGGAUGUUGAUGUUUAUAUCUGUGCCUUGUCUCUUAGCCGCUGUAGGUUCCUGUCAGUUUGUGGCUCCAGGUAGUUGACGAACAUCCGAUCGCGAAUAUUGGUAAAUCUCAGGUGUUUGCCCUCUCUCCUGUGUGCACAAAUGUG